AUGGCAGCUGAAAAUGCAGCAACAAACGUCGGUUUCCAUCAGUGUGACCACGAUAUCCUAUCACUGCUUUCUAUAUUCACUCGCUCUCAUCGGACAUUAACUGUGGGGCUUUUACUGGUCGGAGUCCUCAUUCACGACCAGAGUUUUGAACUCCCGCCUCCAAUCAAUCAAGGUGCAUAUUUCGAAGUAUACAGCAUUCCUUUCCGGUCUUUAACAAGAUCAUACUUUUCCCUCAGCGCUUCAGAGGUGCCUGGAGGAGCCCUUCCAGAGCUUGUCGCUGUCAAAUGUCCGAAGAUAAUGGGUGAGCUGCGCGAUAAGCGAAACCAGAAACUGUGGAGUUCCAUGGCGAUGGAGUUGCAGAUACUGCGACACCCACAUAUCCAAGAACAUGAAAAUAUUGUUUCCGUUCUGGGAGUCUGUUGGCGAUCAACAAGAGACCAGAUCAUGCCGGCUUUUGUUAUGGAGCUGGCCCAUACAAAUCUCGAAGCGAUGAUGCAGUCCGAAGGCUUCACAAUCGACAAGAUAAGUACCCGCAAAGCCUUUGGACUUGCCAUCGAUGUCUGCGCCGGCGUAUCCGCACUCCACGAAGUUGGCAUCAUACACGGCGACAUCAAGCCUGCCAACGUCCUGAUAUUCAAACAUCCAGAACUCAAAUUCGUCGCCAAAAUCUCCGAUUUCGGCUCAUCAUUGCUGAAAACAGAUAUCAAAGAGCCGAUCCGUCUUCCAUUCAGCAGUGGGAUCUGGCAGGCCCCAGAGUGCAAAAAGGUUCUUGACGGUGAAAACCUUAUCAGCGCAGAUACAUUCUCUCUUGCACUUCUAGUGUCAUAUAUUCUCAGCAGAGGAUACACUAUGGCAAUUUUUGAGGGUCAUGGAUCUGAUGCGUCGUCUGAGCAUCCUGGGCAGUCUGGGCCAUCCGAUUGGCAUGAACUUUCUGAGCCAUCUGAAGAUGAUAUUCAAGGAAUUUAUGAUAAAUCGGCGCAAUACAUCUAUCAUACAUUGAGCUGGUUUCUAAGGACUGUCAUCGAAGCCGAAGAGAGCAAACGCUAUGGACUGGCUGCUACAAAACAUCCAAAUGGAAUGACGGAUGAUCCUGGGGAACACGAAGAAGCUGAGGAUGCCACUGAUGAAACUUCUCAUAUCAAGCCCAUUGCCCAGAUUGCGCGUGCAGUAGGGGAGACCGUCACGCCUCAUCUUUUCCAGCCUUCACUUCGACCAAGAAGUAACAUCCUACACCUGAAUCUACGAAUAUGUCUUAGCUGGAUUCUCAGUAGAGAUAUGUUAAACCCCUUGAAUUACUCUGACCCCGCAACAAUGACGCAUUUCAUCCAAGCGACAGACCUAAACCCGCAGGAACGCGAGAUAUUAAGUAACCCAGCGAUCCAACGUCCAACAGAAGAUGAUAAGGCACGCGCUUGGAGUUUCGCACAAACGGCCGAGUAUCUCGACAGAAGCUUUUACGCCAUAGCCCAGAAACAGAAUCUCCCACAACUUGAUGAAAUAACACAACCCGAGUCGGCUCAUAGAAUCUCUGAGAUACUCAAGACUUGGAAAAAACAUGAGCUUCCAAAGCCAGAAGAAAUGUACUCGAUACGUGAUGCUGGUGCAGUUUUGGAGGCAGAUACAUCGCUUGGCACUCUAAAAAUCCUUCCAACUCCAGUCCUGAACCAAAUCGUUGUUGAAAUGACGGCCGUCGCACACGAUGAACGAGAAGACAAGCUACGUCGAGCAGAAGCUGCAUGGCAGUGCUCUGUUCUUCAAUUAAGACUCAGGAAGAUGGAGAAAAGCAAACACGAUGAACUCAACUCAAUACUUCGACUAAUGCUUCUUGCAGCUCGACUAGGACAUACUGUAGCUGGUGGGAUGGUUGGGUGGCUUUGCGCUGUAUUCGAGCUAGACCUGUCGAUUUCCCUAGAAGAAGAGAAGCAAUGGCUUUAUGCAGCAAUCUGUAUGGGCAACUCUACAGCACGAAGACGGUUGUCAUCCCUCGAUAUAGAAGAAUGCCAGCGGGCAGUCUCACAUCUUCGUUCUCAAUACGUUGGGAUUGGGCUUGCAGCGCCCCGAAACUACUACGACUCAGACUGGGUGGACGAUGAUUCCUUCUUCAGGUUCAUUGAAGAUUCACCCAGCAGUCUUGGAUCCAUUUUCCAACUUGCCGCAACUGGGGGCCGCUACGAACUUGUCCACCGUAUUGUCACCUCAAAAGCUCAAAAUAUGAACAUAAACGAACUAUUCAGGGGGAAUGAAAGUGCUUUGCUAAAGGCAUGUCGGUCCGGAUUUGCUGAGAUUGCUCUUCUUCUGCUUGAAAAUGGCGCUGAUCCCACUUUGGCAAACGACGAGGGAGUUACUCCGUUACACUUCCUGAGCUCCUUUGAUGAAGAACAUAUCCCAAAAAUCACAGACGAACUGAUUAAGACAGGAGCAGACCGAGAAGCCCGUUCGCACCAAGGGUGGCGAUACAGGCAGGGCAUUGACUCAACAUAUGGGACCGUUGAAGGUACUCCAUUAACCUGGGCUGUUGCUGCAGGUAAUGAAACAGCCACUCAGGCACUCAUGGACGUCGGGGCGGACCCUUUUGAUUUGAAUGGAAGAGAAAUAGAGUAUGAUGACGCUUGGACCAAUAAUGUCCAUGUUUUUCCUGUAUGGCAGGCUUGCAUCAACUGUCAAUACCGAUUACUCGAAAUCUUACUUGAGGCUCCGAAAGACUACUCUGAGAACCUGAAUUCAGUUUACCGCAAGUUUGGGAGUCAAGGUUUGAAGGAGCCAUUCGCAAUUCUGGGCUGGUUAGUCACUGAUGGGAAUUCCAGCACUUUCAAUCGGAUUCUUAUUCAUGGAAGUGAUUAUGAGCAGGCCUUCCAAAGGACCUUCGAAAUUCUUAUACGCCAUGGAGCAAACCCGCUAGAUAUUAAUGGCAAAGGACAAUCCGUCAUUGUGUCUGCUCUGGAACGAAGUCAACCGUACAUAUUGGACUACUUGAUGACCUGGCAGGACGGGGAACUACAGCCAGACAGUUCACAAUGGAUACGCUGUCUUUGGACUGCUUGCUCUCUUCAAGACGAAGUGGCAUUUCAGUCGCUUGUCUCCCAUUCGAAAGCAGACAAAAUCUCUUCGCAGCAGUGGGAUGCCUUUUUUGCCGGACUGCAUGCCCUUCCUGAGGACACUGAAUAUCUCACCCACCUUGACCAUUACCGCAGGUCAGAAGCCAAUUUCCACAAUCAUUUCGAGAGUGCACUUUUUGCGGGAAAGUACACUCUGGCUCGUUGGAUCUAUGAAACGGGAAAAUGCGACUUGACCAGAAUGACCGAUGGGAAGACGAUUCUCGGCCGACUUAUUGUGUCAUCCAAGGCAUACAGCAAUUCUUCCCACCAUAUUGAUUUUUUCUUAGACAUGGUUGAUACAGAUACUGUGUACUACGGUGUAUUUGAACUUGAUGGCUCGAAAAUGUCUGCAUUACAUGCAGCUGCUUUUAUGGUGAAAUACCGGCCCGGCUCGUCUCGCUCUACUUCGGCGCUCCAAAGUAUUGUCAGACGCAAGUAUGAGCCAGCAUACUUGAACCUGAUUAUCUCCGAGGGCGGAUACAAAGGUAACACCGCAUUACAUCUCGCCGUGCGAACGUGCAAUGAGGACUCUGUACGUUAUCUCCUGGACGAGGAGGGAGAAAGCCUGGACCUUUCACUACUAGACCAUGAGGGCAACAGUCUCAUAGAUCUCACAAGCUUUCUCUUGAAGAACCAGGCCCCGCAAAUGGAAGCCUGGGAGAUGCCCGAAGAGGAGCGUAAGGAGGCUGACCUACGUCACUUUCAAAGCUCGAUAUUGAUAUUACAUAUGCUCUACUCCACAAGGCGUGCACGGCCUAGGAGAGUUCUGGCAUCUGUCACUAGAAUCGAGGUCGAUGUGCUCUUUGUCAUUCUGUAUGAGCAAGAAGAGUUUAAGAUGAUGAAGGCUCAAUGCUCAGUAUUCAAUGGCUUGUCACCCACGCAAAUCAUGCGUCUUGGUGCAAUGUACUCAAUUCAAGUGCGCUGGGACCUCACUCUGAUAUGGCCACAGAUUGUCGAGCGAGGUCCUGAGCUCCCGCUCAACAGCUCUUUCUUCCUUUUCAGGGCCACGGAAAUGUCUGAAGAGGAGUUUGACAGUGUUUCAUCUAAUGGGAACGUCAUCCGUCGAGAGCAGUACCAGAGUAACCCAAGUGGCGAGCACUCGGAUAUGGUUCUGGCCAUGCAGAAUCUUAUGUUAGAGAUGAUGGAACAAUCCAGGGAACCAAGCUGA